AUGCCUAACACAGAUAUCGAGUUGGUGAACCUAAAGGACCAUCUGAUCCACACCACUACCGAACUAGAGUUUGACGAAGAGUAUAUUGACAACCUUCCAGCCCACUCAGACGGCAUCGCUCUUCCUUCUUCGUUUUCCCAAUAUACUGAACACGUCAUCUUCACGAUAUCGUUCCUUAUUCGUUGGUCACUCUUUCUCCUCACGGUGUACUUUCCCAAGUACUACUUUGACAAGUUCCAGUCCAUGUACUACCGCCAACCGUAUACUACAAUCCACUGGAUCCUUCUUGUGGUAUCAGCGAAGGUCGGACCGAGCAGCCAAGACGGACUCACGGUGACAUGCCUCUGUGUGUUUAUCACCGGUUCCAUGCUCCUUUGGCCGUUGCAGGUCUCAUAUGUUGCCUUCUGUUUUUGGCUCGUAGUUACAAUGGUGGUGGGGCUCGGGAAAGGGGUGAUAUAUGUCUGUAAUGUUCUUACCACGAAGCUUGAACGAGUCAGAUAG